AUGGCUAACCUUCUGAUCUUGGCCUGCCAGCAUUUUGAAAAACGUAUAAGAAUCAAGAGGAAAGAAGGCUAUGUAACCCCUGUGAAGUACCAGGGUCACUGUGGUUCUUGUUGGGCAUUUAGUGCAACAGGUGCCCUUGAGGGACAGAUGUUCCGGAAAACUGGAAAACUUAUCUCAUUGAGUGAGCUGAACCUUGUGGACUGCUCUCAGGCUCAAGGCAAUGAGGGCUGCAAUGGUGGCCUAAUGGAUAAUGCCUUCCAGUAUGUGAAGUCCAACGGCGGCCUGGACUCAGAGGAGUCCUAUCCCUAUCAAGUAAAGGUUGGACCCUGCAAAUACAGGCCUGAGGACUCUGUUGCCAAUGACACUGGCUUCGUGGACAUCCCUGAGCAGGAGACUGCCCUCAUGAAGGCAAUGGCAACCGUGGGGCCCAUCUAGGUGGCUAUAGAUGCAAGCCAUCUUAGCUUCCAGUUCUAUGAAGAUGGCAUUUAUUAUGAGCGGCACUGCAGCAGCAUGGAUCUAGAUCAUGGCAUUCUGGUGGUUGGCUAUGGCUUUGAAGAAGAAGAAUCAAGUAAAAAUAAAUAUUGGAUUGUCAAGAACAGCUGGGGUGAAGCUUGGGGCAAGAAUAGCUACAUAAAGAUGGCCAAAGACUGGAGCAACCACUGUGGAAUCGCCACCAUGGCCAGCUAUCCUACUGUGUGA